CGCUGCUUCUUCCUUGACCAUUUCCUUGACGGAAUCCAGCUUUUUGUUAAAGCCAUCUACACACACAAGAUGACGGAACCAAAUGCACAUCAAGAGGUUUUACAAUUUCUGCAAGACUUGGACUCUAUUGUCCCAGGAGAAGCUGCCGGCGGACCAACAACAAGCGUCGCUCAGAAUGCAACUCCUACCACCCAUGCGGCGUCAUCACAGGAUGUUUUGAGCUUUCUCAACGAACUGGAUGCACCACCUGUCUCAAGCGCAAGCCCUAGUGCAUCCACAAUACCAAGCCAGGCUCCUCCUGUCGGUGUACCCGCAUCAAAGCCUGGGCAGACCAAUCCGUAUGCCGCUACCUCUUCCGCACCACACCGCCCUCCUGUAGUUACAUCCCAGCGACCCCCGCAAGGAUUUUCAAUUCCAGCUCCGUCACCAGUUACAUCGCAGCAAACAGUUCCCCAACAGACAAACGUCCCACUCAUACAGCCUUCUUAUCAAUCAACAGAUACCUCACCUACUGUCAGGGGAGAUGCAUGGGGGUGGGGAAAUAUAUGGUCACAAGCUGCCAAGGUGAGCGGUGCAGCUGCAACGUCCUUGACAAAGGGAUUGGAAACGGCCAAAGCGAUGGCGGAAGAGACUGCCAAAGCGGUAUCUACGAACGAAAAAGUCAAGGGGAUUAUAUCUAAUGUGAAUAAGGAGCAGUUUGAAAAGUUGGGCACAGACAUUACGCGACUUACGCAAAGUGUUGUUGACACGAUUGCGCCUCCAAUAGGCAGAGGAGAUCACCCCAGCACAGCUAUGUUUGCGUCAAAUGUCACAGUCUGGUUCUGCGGCGAGGCUUCAGGCGCGGCAGAUUUGGACAACCUCCACGACUUUGUACAGUCCACUGUGAAUGAAAUGUGGCUCAACUCGCGACCGCGCCUUUGUGAUAAAGUCUCGGUGAACAGCGUCAAGCAUCCUGAGCCCAAGAUCGCUGAUAGUUUGGAAGAGGCAACCAAAAUCGUCGAGUCUACCAUUGAACGCCUACAUAAGCUAUCAGACUCGAGCGAGCCCAUUCCAACAGCCUCCCAAGCCGUGUUCCUCGUCAUCCAGCCUUUUACAACAACGCUCACGUCCCUCCUCUCCGACUCGCAGCCACACUUGCAAUACUACACUGUCCUUGUGUCGGGAGAUACGAUGCACGUUGCAACGAGCGUAUCGCAAUCGGUUGCUGUCGUAGCGGGCGAGGAUGGGCUUGUGGGGAAAUGGGCCAAGCAUCAAAAGCAACGAGUUCUAGAGACGGCCAUGGCGGAUGUGUGUGAAGAGUUUGCUGUGCGCUGUCAACAGGGUGUCCAAGUAGAGUAGUAGGGCUCACUUACGAGGGCCGUGUGUUUUACUAGAUGUCUGUGUAUGUGUGUAAGAAGAAGCAAUACUAAUACCCCGCACUACUUAC